AUGGCAUGCGCAAGAGCAGAAACAGAGGCAGCAGCAGGAGCAGCCGCUUUUAGAGGCUUUAAAGCCGUGCGCGCAUGUGACGAUCCGGAAGAUGUUGCCGCUUUCCGAUGCUUGAACUCAGCCUUCACUGCCCAUGCUCUCAGGUUUGUCGGCGAGAGAGUAUCAGUAGAGGGAAGGCUGGGGUGUGGCAGGAGUAGUGGUAAUAGUGGUUGUGGGGAGGAAAAGAGGGGAAAGAUUGGAAAGGCGGUAAAGGUACUUGUCUCUGUGGUGGUUGUUGUAUGGCACUACACACGACCCUCUUACUGCGAACCUGUGGCGCAUGACGACACGCAGCCGCCUGCUGCUCCCCCAGCCAGCGAAGGAGAGCUGGCAUCGCCUUUAGGAGUGGAAUUCUGCUCCUCCGAACUAGCAACUAGCACCACCAGCAACAGCAACACCAGAAACGAUGUGCGCAACAAAGUAAUGCGGUUCAGAUUCUCCCUAGAGAGCCUCUCGGCUGCCUACUCAGAGCUCCAUUUCCGUUGUUGGACUCACCAAGACAGCACACCGCUGCCGUUCGGUGCAGGGGACGUGCCUGAGCAGCAGCAGCAGCAACAGCAACAACAGCUUGAGGGGCAGCAGGUGGCUCGCGUGAUACCAUCGCUUUCUACUAAGGAGCAGCGAGGUCUAAGGGAGCUGCUGGCUGGGCUUUUGUUGCAGCUGAAUCUCCAAGCGGAAGACAGCUCGUUUGUGGCUUCGUGCAUCAUCAGGUGUCUGUUGCAUCUCACGAGCAACCCCAACGCGACGCUGUCGGGUGCACACGGGAAGCAGCAGCAGCAGCAGUUGCAGCAGCAGCAGAUGCAGCAGCAGCAGCAGCUGUUUGGAGCAGGACGAGUUUCGCCUCGGAGUCCUCUGAGUGCGGGAGAUGGCGGCACAGCUGCGGAUGUGGCAAAUGCAGCAGCAGCAGCUGCAGCAGCAGCUGCUGCAGUGGAGAAUGAUGAAGAGAGUGACGAUUUGGACGGUGCAGAAGAGCUGGUAGACACGGAGGGGGAGGAAGACGAUGAGGAAGACGAUGACUUGGAGUUGGUUAUUGACGGCGGAAGCGACAACAGCAGCAGCAGCAGCAGCAGCAGCAGCAGCAGCAGCAGCAGCAAGGAAGAGGACGAAGAGGAAGAGCAGGCUGCGGUGCAGGCGACAGCCGAGGCUUUGGGAACUCUUAGUUCGGCUCUCCAGCGAGACUCUCGGGGAUCGUUUCGUCUGCAGAUUGACUUUGGCAGCAUUCAGUCUUCGGAAGACGCCGCCGUUCUUCGCUCCGUUCUGCAAGAGGCUGGCGAGAGAGGUCUCGCGAUCGCUCCCUUCCCUGCAGCGCAUCACCCCGCAGGGGGAGGGGGUCGUCGAGGAGGCAUGGGGGGGGGGGGAGGCGCAUCAGGAGGAGCAGCAGCAGCAGCAGGAGCAGCAGCAGCAGCAGCAGGAGCAGCAGCAGCAGCAGGAGCAGGAGGAGGGGUAAGCAGUAGCAGCAGCUCUGCGGAGGACGGCGGCGGUUCCGCGCUUUCUCCGCUGGAUCCAGAUCUUCUCCCGCCUUCUGAGCAUCCCCUCUUCGGCGCUCUUCUCAUGCGCCGUCCUCCAAGCAGCAGCAGCAGCAGCAGCACGUCUACCACCACCAGCACGACUACGGGGAACCCCUUCGCGCUGUUCAGCAGCAGUGGGGGUGGCAACGCUGGCAACGGCGGCAGCGUGCUCACCACCUCGAGUGGGCUCGCCUUCGGCGACAGGCUGCUCGAGUCGCUCUUCGACGAUCUAGCGGGAGGCCUCUUCCGCUCGCCAGUCACUCGGAGGCAGCUGCAGCAACCGCGGGGGGGGGGGCUGCAGCAGCAGCUGCAGCAGCUGCAGCAGCUGCACCACAUCAGGACGAGUCGGGAGUCUGACGCUGGGGCUGUGGCUGCAGCAGCGGGCCUGGUGGCUGAUCGGCAGCAGCCUGCGUCGGCAGCAGAUGCUGCUUCUCCAGCGGCGUCUGCUGCUGCGGCGGCUGCUGCCAUGCAGCAAAUGCUCAGCAGCUUCGUCCGCGAAAGACUCGAGCAACGCGUCGUGAACCUCAUCGAAGUUCACCCGGCUCCCUUGCAGGCGUGCCCUACCCCUGCGCUGCCGUCUGCAGCGGGAACUCCCCCAGCGCGAUCUGCAGCCGAGACGGCAGCAGCAGACGCUACGGCUGGAGCACCAGAUGCCGCUGCAGACGCAGCAGCAGCAGCAGCAGCAGCAGCAGCAGCAGCAGCAGCAGCAGCAGCCAUACUAACGUCUCCAGCAGAAGAGCAGCAACAGCAGCAGCAGAAGAGACGACAGCAGCAACAGCAGCAGCAGCGGGAGAAGCGA